GUGUGUGUGUGUGUGUGUAGUGUCUAUGCAGUGAAAAUGUGUUCAACUGUUGUAGGCCUAACUGUAAGUGCAAACACUCAGAAAAUCAGAGCAUAGUUUUUACUAUUUAGCAACGUGCGUUAUUACGCAGCAGGUGUGACCACACAGUUACUGGUGGUUUGGUUUGAGGAAGGGCAGUAGAGGGCUGACUGGUGACGACAGACAGACAGACACAUAAAGAGAUGGAAGUGAACGUGUCAGUGUCAGUCGCUCUGUCAGACAGCAGAAGUCAGAGAUGGAGAACAACUUUAAGACGUUCCUGAACAUCGCCAACAAACAGAGCAACCUGGGUUUCGGGUUGGUGGCUCUGCUGACAGCAGGAGGAGAGCGGAUCUUCUCCUCGGCGGUCUUCAUGUGUCCCUGCAAUGAGCUGAACUUCGUCUACGGCAUGGUGUUCCUGCUGGUGCCCGCUCUGGCUCUGCUGCUGCUGGGUUUCAUCCUGAAUAAGAAUACGUGGAAGCUGUUCACGGGUCUGUGCCGGCGGCCCCAGAGCGGAUCUCCGCGGUGCCGCUGGAAGAAGCUGACCGCGGCCUGCACGGCCUUCAUCCAGGUCAGCAUGACCGCGGUGGUGGCGCCGGCCAGCUGGAUUGCCGUGGCUCUGCUCAACGGGAGCUACUAUGAGUGCGCGAUGACCGGGUUCAAUGUGACCGCCUAUAACAAACUUCUGUGUGGAGACAAAAGCUCUGGGUGUGAGCGAGGGCUGCACAAGUUGCCCUGUCGGACCGGCAGCAGUGAGGACAGAGAUGAUGUUCUGCUCCGCAUGAGAGCUCAGUCUCAGAUUCUGGGUUGGCUGCUCAUCGCCUCUGUCAUGUUGUCCAACCUGCUGCUGACCUGUGUGGGUCGCUGCACCUCACCCGUCAGCUACCUGCAGCUCAAGUUCUGGAGAGCGUAUGUUGAGGAGGAGUGCAACAUGUUUGAUUCGAAGACCGCUGAGCACGCCAAAGAGCUCGCUAAGAGGAACCUGGAGAGCUUCUUCAGCCAGACACCGCCUAAAAACAUCAUCACCCCUUCCAACAAGGACUGGGAGAAGAUCUCCUCCCUCUACAAGUUCAGCACCAAAGACCACUACUACAGCACCUUGCAUCGGUAUGCGGAGGACUAUGAUGAGACCGGCAACGGGAAGAUUAGGAAGGGUUCGGUCAUGUCAAGCGAGCCUGCUGAAACCACCCCUUCUGUUUUUGAUUUUGUAGACGGUGGCGGGGCUUAGUCUAGAGAGCCAAGGGACAGCGAGCGAUGAAAGACUUGUGCUUUGUAUGGAUGGAGGUCGCCUCAGGAGUCACCUCACAUUUAGCUCUUAAAGGAGAAUGCAUUAGCUUAAAUCACCAACAGCAAGUCGGACAUUUUUGGAGGAUAAAGGGUAAUGGUACGUGUCCACAGGGGCGUUUUUUAUUGCGAGGGAUCGCCUCGCUUUCCAGCAUUGGGCGCUUGAUGAGCUGUCACUAGACACAAGGCACCUGACUGGAUGAACGCUUUCCCUCGUGGGCUGCUGCUCCCAGCUUUCAAACCGGGACCAACACGAUGGCUCGUUUGGAAACUUUCUUCUCUUAUACCACGAAAAUAGUUCCCCGAAAUGUGUUUCUGAAAACAUUUUAUACUAGAAAUAAUCCGUGCAGUCGCUGAAUCUGUCUUUAUUUUAGAUCGACAAGUUAGUUUAAAAGUUUCUAGGGAGUUUCCAGAGACGGCGAGUCGUGUCGGACGUCUGUGUUUAAAGUAGCCUCGCGCCGUCACGCUACCAGAAUGCAUUGCACGGCUGCUUACAUAGACAAUGAAUGGGGAAGCGUGGAAAAGACGGAGGCUGUGGACACGUACCAUAAGUGUGCCAUCCGCUGGCUGUUUACUGCAAGUGU